UGUAACUUGCCGCUCGCCCGAGCAGUGCAUCGCCGAACGUUACACUCGGCACGCGGUUUGCCUCCGGGUCACGCUUCUUAAUUUCGCUGCUCUGUCUCUCUCGCACUUCGACUCACGCGAGAAACUCGUCGUGUGUUUCUCAAAUUACCGAACGAUGUCUUGGUGAGCCACGUAUUAAAACGCGAAGGAGCGAACGACACACGUAGAAAUGUCCUCGGAGCGAUUUCACAAGUUUCUCUUUGCCAAAGGGCUGCGCGAGACUGCGCAUUGGACGUUCUGAAGGAAGCGACGAGAAAGGAUUGUAACGUGCGAGACGAAGGAGGAAUGACCCCGACAUUAUGGGCAGCCUUCGAAGGUCACAUAGAUGCCCUGAGACUGCUGGUCGCCAGAGGAGGUGACCCGGACAAGACUGAUUAUUUCGGUAAUACGUGCCUUCAUCUGGCAGCAGCGAGGGGUCACGAAUUCUGCGUGAAGUUCUUAGUGAAAUUCGGAUGUAAUAUCUGGUCGCUGGACAUCGACCGACACUCUGCCAGGGAGCUAGCGGCGAUCAACGGCUGCGAGAGGAUCCUGCAGUUCCUGGAUCUCGCCCAGGCCGAUCAGGAGCUGAACAAUCGCAAGAAAAGCCGACUGCUCCGGGAAAAGGCGGAGAAGGAUGCGGAGAAGAGAUUGAAGGAAUAUAUGAAAAAACAGAAGACAGCAGAGAUGAGAGCAGAGAAAGAGCAGAAAAAACUCAUAAAGGAUCGUGCUAAAUCGGACUUAGACACAAUGAAUGAGAUGAACGGCCAGAGGCUCGGGGUACUGACCUUUAGAGGCCGAAUGAAACCUUCACCAACAUUCAGCGAUAUCGUCGGUACUACUACAAAGAGGAACGGCAGUACAGUUUGUCGGAAAGCUCUAGCAAAGAAAGCUGUCAACGACUUUAAAGUCGUGGAGGUCGAAGUAAAUGGAAAGAAAUCCAUUCGAAGUUUAACCGGUGUUCGACGAGACUCCGAAGUUAUGUACGUAGGCACAUACGACACUCAGCCUCAACACAUGGGCAGAAGAGGCAAAAUCUCUGACGUGUGGGGCACUCUGAGUAAAUCGCAGAGCACGCCCGACCUCUUAGGUGAAAGGAUAUACGACGAGGAGGAAGAGGACAGGGAGGAAGAGAAUCUGAAUGUUGCGAAGGACACUACUUUCCUUCAGGAACCCGCAAGCAUCUUUAAUCGACCUGGUUUUGGGUCAGUGGCCUUCAGAAGGACGAUAACAUCUACGCUGGACAACUUACCGGUCACACAGACGGACGUUCAACUUCAAAACGGCAACGUUCCUGCGAAUGGCUCUGCAAAUGGAUCCAUAAACGGCAACAAGUUUAGUCCUAAUGGACAUAACGAGGAGAUCAGUAUAGGAAGCGCGGGCAGUUUAGCGCGCAGACAAAGUCUGUGGGACGAGGAUUUGCUUUCAGAAGGCGAAGAGACGGAUGAGGAAUGGACACCUUUGCAGAGAUUUUUAGUCGCCAAUAAUCUGACGUCAAUACAACCUGUCUUAGAGUCAGAACAAAUUGAUUUGGAAGCUCUAAUGUUGCUCACUGAGACCGACAUAGCGGCUCUCAAACUUCCGCUCGGCCCCAGGAGGAAACUCACCAAUGCGAUCGCAAAUCGGAAGAAAGCUCUUAGCACGUCGGGAAGCGUCAUCAAAGACAGCAGAUUGUGAAAAUAGUGAAUAUUACAUCAGCGAAUAGUGCUAUUGACGAAAUUAUCCGUCCAUUCACAAAUGUGUGACAAAAUAAUUAUUAAUAAUAUGUGCAGAAGACAUCAGUUAAAGAGAGAAAACAAAAAUGAAGAUUCUAAUUAUCAAAAAUGAAAUCAAGAUUUUUUUAUACGAGGAAAGCAAACUAAUCGAUAAAAAUUAAAGAGAAAAAAUAUAAAAAUUUACUAAAGUUAUUAUAUUAACUUAUUCAGCUUGAUUGAAUAACGAAUUAUAUAUUGUAAUGGUGCUAUUCUAAAUUUAGAAAUAUAUGUCUGCACAGUCUUUAUCAUUUAUCAUAAUGUUCUUAAUAGAAUUCCUUUGUGCCUUGUAAUUUACAUAGUUUAUCUACCAUUUUAGCGUAUUUUUCUACCAUUUGCUGUUAUAAAAUUGAAAUGAUCUCUAUCAGACCGAUAAUUGAUUGAUAUUACACAAUCGGCUAAAUUAUAAUCGUAAUUAUAAAAAAGAUUGUUAGUAAAGAUUAUAUGAAAGAUAGGAAAUUAAGGAAAAAGAGAAAAAGAAUAAUUAAGUACCGAUAACACUAAUAAGUAAAUGGUAUAUGCCAUAAUAAGAAAAAUUCAAUACACUGCCAUAAAACAUAAGGCGUUUAUGUUUUACUCUAUUUAGAUCUGUGCAUUGUAUCAUUGUACUAUACACGAAAAAUUUCGAAAAUGUCAAAAUUCGCAUAUUUAUUUGGAUAAUAUAAUCAUACAUAUUCUUAUAACAACUUUUGACAGUAACUAUAGUACUAAUACUCUAAUAGUACUAAUUGAUACAUCAAACCAUAUAUAGGAUAAUUGUUGGGUAUCAUUGAUAGAAUCUUCAAUUGCGUAUAAUAACCAAGAUUUGAAUUUCAUGAUCAUUUAUAAGGCAUAACUAUCGAGAUUAUCUGCUAGGAUACAAUAAUAAUGGAAUAUUGAACAUUGGCUAAUUUUCAGAGUAGGCUAAUUAUGAGUACGUAGUUGAGCUACCUGCUGAAUAAGAAUUGUAUGUAGAGGCACUUGGUUUAUUUGUAACGGUACAUAUGAUUUCUAUUAUUUAUCUCUAUUAAUUUUCGAAAACGAUAUGUAACUUUCAUAUUCUCGUGACAUAAAAAAUUGUAAUAAUGUAAAAUAUAUUAUGUCGAAUAUUGCAUAUUGACUUCGUAAAAGAUCGUGUAUAGUACACAUUAUACUAUACAAAAUUACGCAAAAUGUACAAAAUAAAUGUAUGACAAUAAAGUAUGUAUAUAUAUGCACACAA